CGUCAGUGCGCGCGCCGGCGGGAGGAGGAGCAGGGGCCGCGGGCCGGCAGGCGCCCGGGUUUCGGUAACCUGUGCUGGGCGGGGGAGAGGAAGGGGCGGGGCGGAGAGCCCCCCGGAGUUGCGGGGUUGCGGACCGGACCCGGAGCGGGAGUCCUCGGCACGCUCGGCGCUCGCUUCUUCCCCGCGGCUGGCCCCGCACGGUCUGGCCAUGGAGUUUCCGGACCUCGGGGCUCACUGUUCCGAGCCGAGCUGUCAGCGCUUGGAUUUUUUGCCACUCAAGUGCGAUGCCUGCUCCGGCAUCUUCUGCGCAGACCAUGUGGCCUACGCCCAGCAUCACUGUGGAUCAGCUUACCAAAAGGAUAUCCAGGUACCUGUGUGCCCCCUCUGUAAUGUGCCUGUGCCAGUGGCCAGAGGGGAGGCUCCUGACCGAGCUGUGGGAGAGCAUAUUGACAGAGACUGUCGCUCUGAUCCCGCGCAGCAAAAACGCAAGAUCUUCACCAAUAAGUGUGAACGUUCCGGCUGCCGGCAGAGGGAGAUGAUGAAACUGACCUGUGACCAGUGUGGCCGAAACUUCUGCAUCAAGCACCGUCACCCACUGGACCAUGAUUGCUCUGGGGAGGGUCAUCUGACCAGCCGGGCGGGGCUUGCUGCUAUCUCCAGAGCUCAAGGUCUGGCUUCUACAAGCACUGUCCCCAGUCCAAGUCGGACCUUGCCUUCCUCCUCUCCCAGCAGAGUCACAUCCCAGAUUCCACCCUGGAAAUCCCUUCCAGUGGUUGCUCUACAGAUUGGCUUGAGUGAGGAUGAGGCUCUGCAACGUGCCCUGGAACUGUCCCUUGCAGAGGCUCCACCCCAGGUCCCAAGUUCUCAGGAGGAGGAAGACUUGGCAUUAGCGCAGGCACUGUCAGCCAGUGAGGCAGAAUACCAACAACAGCAGCAGCAGGCGCAGAGCCGUAGCUUGAAGCCGUCCAACUGCAGCCUGUGCUAGGGUCCUGGGCUUGGGGAGGGAGGCUCACCUGAGGAUUGUGACCCUCACAUCUCCAGGGUACCCAGGGAAAGGAAGCACAGAGAAGCCCGGAUUGCAGAGACAAGCAAGAGUGACGUGGAGGACACUCCAUGGAGCCUGGAGAGGAAGGACGUUUGUCCAGCCGAGCCAAGGAACGACCCUGCUAGUUCUGCUGCUGCAGAGGGUGGCUGGGAAUCAUUCUGUCUGGGGCCUUGGUAGAUUCCAUCCCCAGCCGCUUUCCUCAUGUCAUCCCCCCAACCCCCACCCCAGGCUGGCCACAGGUAGUGGACGGGAGAGGCCUGGGAAGAGUAAAGACUUUGGCAGUUAGUAA